AUGAUUCGUGCUUGGAUGAUAGAUAACAAAUCUACUAAUUGGUCCAUUGGGUGCUAUUUCGUUCAAUUCCAGAAAAAUUCAUCAUACCAUUCAACAAUUGCUCGAACUCCGUAUAAAGCCUUGUUUGGUGCGGAUCCAAAACUCGGGCUCUCGUCCACCUACUUAUCUAAAAAUGUAAUAUCAAAAUUAGAAACAGAAGAAGAUAUAGAAAUUUUAUUUGAAGAGAUUAACAACAACAAAGAACAAAAUUCAGAAAAAGAUCAAGAGGAGGAAGAACAGGAAAAAGUAAAUAGAAUACAUAUUUUAGAAAUAGACACUCAGAAGAUUGAACAACAAGAGACAGUAACAAGGGGGCAUGAAGUGACUAUCUUAGAACAAAUUAGCAUUGGAAAAAAUCCUGAACUACUUCCAGCUUUACAUGAGAGUGUGCCUGUAGUUGCAGAUGUUAUUAUUCAUAAACCAGACAAUGAACAGGAAAAAGUAGAUAGAAUACAUAUUUCAGAAAUUGACACUCAGAUGAUUGAACAACAAGAAACAGCUACAAUGGGACAUGAAGUGAUUAUCUUAGAAGAAAUUAGCAUUGGAAAAAGUCCUGAAAUACUUCCUGCUUUAUAUGAGAGUGUGCCUGUAGUUGCAGAUGCUAUUAUUCAUAAACCAGACAAUAAACAGGAAAAAGUAAAUAGAAUACAUAUUUCAGAAAUAGACACUCAGAAGAUUGAACAACAAGAAACAGUAACAAGGGGGCAUGAAGUGAUUAUCUUAAAACAAAUUAGCAUUGGAAAAAAUCCUGAAUUACUUCCUGCUUUACAUGAGAGUGUUCCUGUAGUUGCAGAUCAUAAACCAGACAAUGAGCAGGAAAAUAUAUGUUUAGAUGUAAAUGAACAAAGUAUUGUGCAAGAAAGAACACAAUCGCAUAUACAUUUAAAAAGAGCGGCAGAUAAAAUGCUAGCCACAUCGUCUAAGAAAUUUAAAGAUAUCAGUAUUGGUUCGACUGUAUUGGUUGAGGUUCCAAAAGUUGACAGGGGACCGUUGGACCGUAAAAAUCUGAUUGGAAGAGUUUUAAACAAGAAGAACGAGUUAUAUCAAGUUGGCACUGCGUUUGGCAUAAUCAAAGACUGGGUGCCUCGAAAUGCUGUUCUUUUCUCUCCAAAUGCUGAACUACUCAGUAAGAUUCCAGAGUGUGGGUACAAUGACGCGCUCAGAUUUGAUUAUAACUUAAUUACUCCAGAUAAGGAGACAGCAGCAGUCAUCGAUAACGGUAUCUACACAGUAUACCUGAAUGAGGAAGUUAAAACUGUGCCGCAAUUUCCACCAAUUAUAAAUUCAGACAAAAUAAAUAAAAUUGACAGUGUCGAAACUGUGGAAACCAAAACAAAUACUGACCAGCCAACAACAGCAUCAUUAUGUAUUCAAUUAUUUACUUUAAUAAUACUUGGUUUGAUGGCAUGGGGUCUGGCCUGGAGCCAGUGGGGCGACGGCUGGGGGUGGGGCGGGAAGUGGUUCCGUAUUGGCCUCGUGGCAGCGGUAGCCUGGGGCAGUGGGCAAGCCCUUCAAGCCCUUACAACUAUGCCUGGGAUGUUGGCUGCCCUGUUCACUGGUAUCCUUGCUCAAAAUAUCGGUUUCCUUGACAUGCGCGACUACAUUGAAAUAGAUGGAUUUUUAAGGAAAAUAUACCCAGUAGUGGUUCUUGGGAAAGGUUCACUGGGAUGGAAUGUGGACUACAUGAAGAGCAACUGGCAACGGGUGGCGACGCUCGGCGGCGUUCCGUGGCUCGUGGAGGUGGUGGCGGUGGCGACGUGUUCGCACUUCCUGCUAAACUUCCCGUGGAUUUGGGGCUUCCUACUUGGUUCAGUAUACUGUUCGUUGUCGUGGGCGGUGGUGAUGCCCGGCGUGGCGAGACUAAACGCCGCCAGCGGCUCCGCUCGCAACUGGGCGCAGCUGGUGUGCACCGCGGGCGGCACCGACACCGCGCUUAGCGUCGGCGUCUACGGACUCAUCUUCAGCUUCAUAUUCACGGGAGAAAACGACUUGUAUAAAUAUAUCAAGGCUGGGUCGACCCUGUUCGUGGGCGUGAUACUGGGAGUAGCGUGGGGCAUCCUGGCAGGGCUAGCACCACACUCGCGCGACUAUUACGUCGUGGAGCUCCGGGUCCUCUUUGUGCUGGUCGGGGGACUCUUCGCCAACUUUAUCCUCGUGCGCUUAGGAUGGGCUGGAACUGCUGGAGUCGCUGUGUUGGCCUGCAACGCAACGGCCGCCAUGUUCUGGGCGCGAGACGGGUGGAAACUCAACAACAACCCCGCGUCUACAGCCUACCGGGUGUUUUGGGCUGCCUGUGAGCCAACUGUGUUUGCUUACACGGGCACUUUCUUUGUGAUUGACAAUGAUCUGUGGGAUGUUAUGUUAAUUGGGUUAGCAAUUCUACUUAUCUGUUUGAUUGUGAGACUAACGACGGCAGCGCUCGUCUGCUGGGACAUGACCCUCAAGGAAAGACUCUUCCUUUGCUGCACCUGGGUACCCAAAUCCAUAGUCGAGGCUGUAUUGGCGCCAACGGCUCUAACGGCGGUCAUCUCCCGGGGGCCCCACCAGGAUUACGACAAUGAUUUGGCGUGCGCAGUCAACAUACUGCGACUCCUGGUUCAAGCCAUAAUCAUCACCACCCCCAUAGGAUAUCUACUUACAAAUCAUUUAGGACCAAAAUUACUUAAAGUACCUAAGAAAUCCUGUGACGAUAAAAAUCUAGCAUAAUCCUAAAAACUAUCUACUCUUUAUACCUAAGCCAGACCUAAGCUA